CCCAACAUCAUAUCGCUGCCCUAUGGGCGAUGUCCUCCCUUGCAUCUACAGGCGCCAAGCUGGCGGCAUCUGCUAAGGUUACUUGCGCGGCUAAGUGGUACGCGGAUCGAGCCUACAGUGGAGGCGAUGGCGCUUGUGAAAACUCCCAUGAAACUGCGGACGGUCGUGCAGUUCGUCAAGCCACAUGCGAGUGCCCGCGACUGGCGAACGGUCCUGUGGUUCACGCUCGAUCACCCGGUGCCGUCCGCCAUCCCUGGUGCCGGUAGGUACACAAACGGCGACGUCAGCACCCUCCCCUGGUCCUACACCCUAUCCACCAUCCCAACCCUCCUCCGCGACGGCGCCGACUCGCCCGUCAGCAAAUGGUAUACCGUGCCCUCCACCGACGCCACCCCCUACCCCGUCCUGCCCAUCGCCUGCCCCAACCUCGCGCUCUACCUCCAGGCCGCGCUCGACGAGAGCCGGCGCGCGACGGGGGACGCGACCGUCGGCCCGAAGAAGCUGGCGCGCAUGGUCGAGUCGUGCUACCCGAACGACGUGCGGCUGAACGCGACGGAGGAGCCGGCGGAUAGGCGGUCGAUGGGCGGGCGGCUGCUGGCGAAGUUCGGAAAGGGGACGAAGGCGAAGAAGGGGAGGGGCGGCGGGAAUGAGGAGACGUUCGAGCUCGUGACGCCGUUCGUGCCGGAUGAGUGGGGUUAGGGUGUCGAGGCUAAUCGCGAAAGGAGUCGAAGUGGAAGGAGAUGGGGAUCGGUGGAAGGGGUGUGAUGGUGCGGUCUUAUCAUCGUUGUGUCCAGUUGUUUGUGCAAUGCACAUCUUAUUACCUGCUCAUUGACAGUGCUUUGUAUAUCGCUUUCUAGGAAAACUUGUAUCUGAUAAUCAU